AUGACGGUGCUGGUGGCGUUGACGGUGCAGUGCAUGAAAGGGUUUGGUCAGACCAUGAACUUGAUUUCGCGGGAGGCCAAGACCACACCUGACGGCAAGCAAGUCAUGGUGAUGCCCAACGCGUUUAUCAAUUCUGGAGCUCUGCGCGACGCCAUGGCGACCGAGCUGGGGCUCACCCCGUGUGGGUUUCUGCCGACGUUUGAAUCGAAGCUGUCGAACCGGUUGACCACUUAUAUCAACUACACGUCGACUCGGUUUGACCCCUACGAAGACUAG